AUGGCCUUCCUCACCUACGACGAGGAGCACCAUCGCAUUGCUAUUACCGGUCUACUAGGAACCACCGAUAAGGACCCCGACAGUUGCGGCCUAGAGCAUAUCGCCUUCACCUACGGGUCUUCGGACGGCCUCUUCCUCUCCUACCACCAGCACAAGGCCCUGGGUAUGAACCUAGCCAACCCCGAUGGAAACAAACUGGAGUCGCAGUCAGAUAAUUUUGAUGCUGCGGAGGGGGCGCCGGCAUUCAUGGGGCCAGACCUGUUCGCUAGCAGUCCGAUCGGGACCGAAAUUGACCCCGAGGAUAUAAUCAAGAGAAUUGAAUCGGGAGAGGACUACAAGUCGACCUAG